GCUUCUCACCUUGAGAGGCCCCUAAGCGCCUCCCCUCCUCCUGUCUCCCUUUCGCUCUCCUUCUCCCUUUAUAUCUAACACCUAUGUUUCCUAGUAUGAAGCAAGUCGCCCUUCUGUGCGCCCUUGCCGGUCUGGUGCUGGCUGCGCCUGAGUAUCCCGUUCCCGGCUCGGCCGAGAGUAACGACGUGUUCGACGGCUAUGUGAGCUACAGCAUCGAGUUCGCGAGCUUUCCGGACUUUGCAGGAAACAAGACGCACCCAAACACCUUCUCGGAUGUCCUCCUGGAUAACCUCGGACAACUUCAGGGACACAAGCCGUACAUACGCGUCGGCGGAAACACUCAGGACUAUGCGCUCUAUAACCAAUCGCUACCCUACGCCCUGAACGGCACAACUAACCCGAGCCGGGCUGUAGAUUAUCCCACCACAGUGAUCAUUGGACCCUCCUACUUCGAGUCCUACGACACCUGGAAGGACGUCAAGUUUUCCCACGGCUUCAACCUCGGCCUGGGCGGGAAUAGGUCAAGUGGAUGGCAGGCAUUGCUAGAUACAGUGCCCUUGGCUUGCAAGGCCCUGGGCAACGGAAAGCUGUACGUCUGGGAAUAUGGUAACGAGCCGGACUUGUUCUCGACCUCGGCUCAGGGGCCAGUGAGGCCAGCCAACUGGAGCGAGGCUACCUACGUCUCCCAGUGGCACAACGGCACCAGGCAAAUCAAGGCCCUUGUGCAGGAGCAUUGUCCCGAGACGUUGGAGUCGGGCAACCAUGGCUAUAUGGCGCCAUCCUUUGCGGGAGUCAACAACUACCUAAAGGAGCCUGCAGCGUGGGCAGCCGGCCUCGACGGAGACCAGGACAUCAAGCUAUUUUCCACCCACAACUACAUCAGCGGCGCUACCUCUCCGGGCGUGACCCUUCAGGGCACAUUGAUGAAUCACGCCGUGACCAAACGCGCGGUCGAUGUUCACAUUACCGAGUACAACAAGAUCCUCUCGCAGUCCUCCGACCCGGUCCCUCCCCUGGUCUUUGGCGAGACCAACUCGCUCUAUAACCAAGGUCGUCCUGGUCUCUCCAAUACAUUCGGCGCUGCUCUCUGGGGUGUAGACUUCAACCUCUACUCCGCCUCUGUCGGCUUCAAGCGCGUGCACAUGCACAUGGGCACGAAUUUCCGGGUAUGUGUGGUUUCUCUUUUCUCCCUCUAAGCGUUUUGCAUAUCCUCCUUACUGAGACUGUGCCCGCCGUAACCCAGUACGUCGCCUGGCAACCCAUCGAAACCGACAAAGCAACCUUGGGCACCAAAGCACCCUACUAUGGUUCGAUCGCAGUCGCCGCCGCCCUUG